AUGGCGGACGACUUCUUCAUUUUGGGAACGCUGUUUGUUAUUCUUUUACCACAAGCCUCGAUAUCUAGCAUUCAACAUGAAAAAUUAUGGAAACGCUACUGCAUCUCGCAAGGAAACUACUCUGUUUGCAGAAACAGUUACACACAAUUAAACCAGCAGAUUUGUAGGAUAACAGACGUGUUGAAUUUUGAAAACUGGGGCUUCAUACCCAUAAGCGUUUUGCGGCAGACUUUUCCUGUUGACCAAGAAACGAAAAACUUUGUUAGACAAGUUCAUAACGUGGUGUUUUCUACAGUCCAACCUGUUCCGUUUAGACAUAAACCUUCCCUUGUAGCGAUCUCAAGCCACGUGCUAACAGAAAUACUCGAUUUGAGGACAGCUGCGGCUUCCGAAUCGUCAGCUUUUUUGGAAUUUGUAGCAGGAAACCUGAUCCUGCCAAACUCUGCUUUAUUAUCCCACAGAUACGGAGGACAUCAGGUAGGGAGCCACUAUCAAUGCACUUAACCCUUUAAGCCCCAAUAUCCACGUACAAUUUCUCUAAACUGAUCUCCAUACAUUUCCAUAAAGAAUGUGUUUUUUAUCAAAUUUUGAUAAAAAAUCAAGGCAUUAUUUCUUUGGUGAUCAUUUUAUUAAUUCUCAUAACAUAAUCUCUUGACAAUGUAUGGAUAUCGUUAGGAGAAAAUCGAUGUUGGUCACCAUUGGGACUUAAAGGGUUAAGUGUACAACUGAACCCCACACAGCAUCCUGUUUUUCAUGACGUUACUUUAGCAAGGUUAAGUUUCUAUGAGAAUCUGUGCAUCAAGUGGUGUUCAUAUUAAGGGGGUUAAAUUGAAGAAAAUGUUAGGGCUUUCCUCAAGGAUGAGUAUUUCAAACUGUCCUUAAUAACACCUGGUGUCCAUAUUACACAGGCAUCUGCAAAAUAGGGUUCAACUGUGCAUGUGGAUGACGUGUGUACUUUAAGUUACUUCCAUACCACAUUAAUGUGUUGCUACAUGUAUAGGGCUACAAUCAGCAACCAGAAGACUAGACUAGAAAACAACCAGCCAGUGAGAUGGAGUGUCACGCCUCCCUAAAUUAAACUGACAUCUAGAAUCAGGGACCUUGCAGGGGGGGGGGUUGGGGGGUCUUUAGCCCCCCCCCCCCCCACUUUUUUGGAUGGUAAAAUAGCUUUAUUUUUAAUUUGGUUAUGCAGAUCUGUCACUUACCACACAAACAAAACACACCACAACAGAGAAAAGACAAACUUUGUCUUGUAGUUGUUGCCAAUGAGUUUGUAGCUCCUAAUGACAAUUGGAAAGGCAACUUUGGCACCUUCAGAGAAUCCAACUUAAAAAUAUUCAGGUGACACUCACCCAUCGCAUGUGUUGGGUUUAGCUUCAAAGUCUAUUCAUUUAAAUUUCAGUCUAAUGUGGGGGCUAGGUUGUAACUUGUUGUUUUAAGUGCCGAUGUAAUAAUUACAAAUUUAUAUCACUAUUGGCAGGUUUAGAUGCAUUUAUAGCCAUUUCAGAAGACUUAAAUUUGAAAUUUUCCCAGGGUAGCAUGCCCCACUAGUUUGCUCAUGCUUACGUGUUUACAUUAGCCUCCCACUUGAAAAUCGGCUCCGCGUGCCCUGAGAAUUGGUCCUCGCCAUUUUGUAGACACCUUCUUCGAUUUUCUACAGGGUGGACACCUCUUUGUAAAUAUGGUCGAAACUGUGUACAUCCUAAAGAGAGCUGGCACUUAAGAUCUUGACACUUAAAAUGAACUAUGAAAAGAAACUAUUUCCUAUAUCAAUGUACAUGUUUGCUUUAUUACCUCAAAUUAAGAUUAUCUCAUUUGUUCUUAGUUUGGUGAAUGGGCAGAUCAACUUGGGGAUGGACGGGCAGUACUGCUGGGAGAGUACAUCAACAGGUAAUAAAUAAUGUGAGGGUUAUGUUUUCUUACAGGCUACAUUUGAAGACUAAUUUUAAAGUUCCAGUUAGCUCCCUAUUUACAGUGAAUACUAGCAUUGCAAAAACUGGUAAAUACAGCUGUUGGCUGUGCCUAAUAAAGUGCCAUAAAACAGCUAGCAUCGAAGGGUAUGUAUACUUGGCAUCAGCUGUGCAGAGCAAACAGUUAUCACACAUCUAGUUUGGAGCUGGUAUUUUCUAAAUACAUUGCAAUCAUCAUGAAAUUUCAUGGCAGUUGCUGCCAACAAUCUUAAGACCUCGCUUACUGCUUGAAGCUAUGCCAUGGUAAAUCCUCAAUACAAAGGUAAAACCAAGCUGUCUGUGGCUGCCAAUGACUGGCUGAUAAUGCUGUAUAAUAAUUAACAUUAUUAUCAUAGAGAUCAAAUGUCAACCUUUACCAUGUAACAAUAAUUACUGCACACAGUGUCAUAUUUUUAUUGUUUAGAAAAGGUGAGAAGUGGGAACUUCAGUUGAAGGGCUCUGGCAAAACUCCAUACUCAAGGUAUUGUUACAGCUAGCUAGCUUUAUACUUUAAAAAUUAACUGCUGAUAACAUAAUUUUUUGGGUCGUGUUCAUUUACUAGUGAAGCGAAAAUAAUUGUAAGCUGUGUGCAAAGUUAUAAGAAAUUCUACUGACUGGGGUUUGCAAAACUUAACAAAUUCAAAAAUAUUUAAGGCUUGUUUCAAAUCAUCCAUGUUGCCAAUUGACAAUGAUCCAUUUCUCACUUUAAACCUAAUAAAUGUCAUGUCUUAUAAAUAUAACAGUCUUUGUUUGCUUAAUACCUGUGAUGGGUCUUUAAUAACAUCUAAUUAAAUGGUUAGUAAUGAUACAUAACCUAUUAGACUGUGUUCAGCCACCUUAAUACUUGUUACUAGCUGAUAUCAUCAUUAUAGGAAUUACAUUUUUUAUGGACCCUCUCUAAAAGGGAGGCUUACAACAUUGAUCUUAUGAUAUGAAGUUGUUACUUUGAUGCAUUAAUUAAGCUUUAGUUGCCUUUCCAGUACCUCUACACAAGUUUGAAUGGUUCAAUUUUUUUUGUUUCAUUCAGGCAUGGUGAUGGUCGAGCAGUCUUAAGAUCAUCUGUGCGGGAGUUCCUUGCUAGCGAGGCCAUGUUCCAUUUGGGUGUGCCCACAAGUAGAGCAGCCAGCAUUGUUGUGAGUGAGGAUAGAGUAUGGAGAGAUCAGUUUUAUGAUGGACACCCCAUGCGAGAGAAAGGUAACAGUAUUUCAUAAAGUCAUAUUUAUAAUAGGAAUGUUAAAUUUUGUAAUAAUAUCAUUAUAGAGGAAUAAAAUAUAUUAGAACUGUGGGGUGAAAAAUCAUUAAUUGGGCUUCAUUUUUUUAAAUUUUCUCUUUCAAUCAAAGUAAUCCUGCCAAUAGAAUAGUCUCUCCUAACUAUACUGAAAAACAAUUAUCGCUUAAAAAUUUUGCCAAAGAAAAUUAUUGUUCCAGAAAGAAAUACUGUCAUAUGUCGCAAAUAGUAUGACUUAAAAAUAUCAUAUUUCUUAAAAAUUUUGCCGAAGGAAAUUAUCGUUCAAGAAAGAAAUACUGUCAUAUCAGAAAUAGUAUGUCUUGAAGACAGCAAUCCAUAAUUUGACAAUCAUGUUAUGUAAGGUAAUUGUGAUAAUUAUGUGAUACGUAGUACAGACUGUACAUGAGAUGAAAUAUUCUAAACCAAGACUACUCCCUCCUACAUGUACCUUCUCCCCCUUGUUUCAGUUGUUCAACAUGGCCGUAGCUUGAAAGGGGCGGUGGAAACAAAGAAAACAGAUUAGUGAUCAUUUUUUUCUGUAACACGCAGCUGCAAUUGUUCUACGUUUGGCAAAAUCUUGGUUUAGGAUUGGCUCUCUUGAAAUUUUGGCAUCCAAUGGCGAAGAAGACCUUCUGAGGUGAAGUUCCAUUUGAUUUCUUAGUUAUUUGAAGAAUUUACGACAAGGCUUCCAGUUGCUUUUCUUGCUUUUAGUGUUAACGGUUAUUUCUUGAAUGCGACACUCUUAUAGUCGUCCUUUUUUGUUUUCUUUAAGAAAAGUUGUGGACUUUGUAAUCGAGGAACACUUUCCAGAGUUAUCGAAGAAGACUGAUAAAUACCUGGUAAGAGAGCAAUAAAGUCUUACAUGCGACCGCUUGGCUGGAUGUGUGCGAUUAGUAUAGGUAAUACCAUGAUUUGUAGUGAUAUUGGGUGUAAAUACCACAGUGAUAUUUCAAAAUUGUUACAUGUAAUUUCACGAGCCGAGAGGCGAGUGAAAUGUGAGACAAUUUCGAACCAGCAAAAGGUUUUCAAAUUAAGCUGAAAUACCACUGCUCUAAGCCAAUCAAAUUGCAGAAAUUUCUUAUGUAAUAGUAUAAUAGGUUGAACAUCUCCACAACAGGCCACCUUGGGGACAGAAGGAAGUGGCUGUUGUAUUAGAGGUGGCCGUUUUAGAGAAUUAGGGAGCUUAAGCAACAACCACGGCGAUGGCUACGAAAACGUCCCUUAAAAAGUGUAGUUGCGCUGUGUCAAACUUUAUCGCGCGGAUUCUAGCUCAUUCAACUCGUCAAAUCUUGGCAGUUUUUUCUGGAGUUGAGUUCUAAAAGAAUGUAUCGAAGUUCAGAAAAAGAAGAAGAAAGUCGAUGCCUUGUGUUCACGAUCUCCACAAAACGUGAAAUUAGGUAUUUUCAUGUCGGAGUCGUGCAACGACGGUAAAGAAAUGUACUAAAAAGCGUGUUUCACGUGUAGAGUUGUUGUUUUUGCUAAUCAAAACCUCUUGCUGUUAUGCCGUUCUCGUUGACGUCGCCGUCGUCGUUGCUUAAGCUCCCUAAUAUGUAAGAGUCAAUGUAUGGACUGGGGUACGCCAGAAAGAAACUGCUCGUCGCAGAGAGGUGGCCGUUAGUAGAGUUUCGACCGUAGUUCCGUGGGAAAUUGAGCAGCCAAGAAGUUCUUUAGGUUCUGUUUUCCCUUCUUUUUUCUUCGAAUUAAGUAGCCAGUGGUCAUGCUCAUAGAAGCCGGGGCAAAUGCCUGGUCCCUGGCCCUUUGUGACAGCCCUGACAUGCACAUGGUACAGGCUUAUUGCAAUUAUCUGGUUGAUAGGAAUUCUUUUCGAAAGUGGUGUCGAUGACGGCAGAACUUAUCGCCAAGUGGCAGGGAGUUGGGUUUGCUCAUGGUGAGUUACAGCUGUUAGAAAAGGUUCAGCCACCUUAGAAACCGGUCGUUUGGAUACAAAGUCGUUUCAAUGCGAACUCAAGCAGUGAAAUUGCACAAAACUUCGACUUGUUUCUAAACGACUUUGUAUCGAAACGACCGGUAACUUUCUAUUUUUUUCUACGUUGGGUUUCCUUCGUUUCCCUGGUUUCUUCUGAGGCACACAGAAGCAAGGGCCGUGCGAUGGCUGAUUGCGUUAUAAUUUCGUGAUUUGCCAGGUUUACUUAAGUAAAACUCGCUCUCCACCUUAUCAUCAUCCGUAAGAUUGCUUGCAUUCAAUUCUGAGCUUAGCAAGCCCUCAGAACGGAUAACUUUUCAAAACUGUGGGUGUUCCUCAAGCAGAAAAAAAUUAACGUAUUAGCCAUUUUAGAAACUCUUAAUAUGAAAAAAAAUAGUGACGACUAGCACCCUGUACUGCAUUGACGCCCUGCACGAAAGAUUUUGUUUGAAUGUUUCGGGAAUUCAUGUGUUUUGUUUUUAUUUCUUGUAGGUGUCUGUAACACGGAUAAUUUCAGCCUCCUAUCCAUCACAAUAGACUAUGGCCCGUUUGGAUUCAUGGACGAGUUUAAUCCAGGUAUACUCACGUACAUAGAUGAGCCACUGUUGAAAGACUUUCCUCAACCCACCCUACUUCCCUUAUGAUACAGUCAACUAUUUCUUUAUAACGGACACUUGGUUAAAACGGACGCGGAGUUGGUCCCUACCGUUCUUUACCCCUUUUAGUUGCUCUCUACAUGACAGGUAACUCGCUAAAACAGACAUUAAUUUUAGAGGUGGUCCCUUCCGUUCUUUACCCCUUUUAGUUGACUCUCUGUAUGACAGGUCCCUGCCUUUCUUUACUCCUUCUGACGGACACCUUUAGUUGCUUCCUGCCUUUCUUUACUCCAUUUAUUUGACUCUCUAUGUUAAGGACAUCUCUUUAUUUCGGACACAGUGCUGGUUCCCAAAUAUCUCCGUUUUAUAGCUAAAGUUUUCUUUAGAAAGGUGACGCCCGUUCUUUCUUUCCACUCCCGGUUACUGGUCUCUGAAUCCUUGCUUGUGUAGGAGAAACAUCUUUACAAAACCAAACCAUGUGAUCGACAAACACGUUGCGUUAUGCGUUGUCAUUAUCAAUGAGCUUUUUCUUGCUACAGUUUCUUUAUUACCUUACUUCCAUCGUCACCGUGUCUGCGAGCCGAGGUUUCUCUCUGGCAUACGAAGUCGUUUGCGUGGCUUAUACGUCGCCCAGCAACUAUAUUUUUGUUGUAAGGUUUACAGUUAGUCGUCUUGUUAACAAAUUUGUCCUUAAGAAUUAAUCAGUCGGCUUUAUCCACGGCAGAUUUCGUUCCCAACACAUCAGACGAGGAGCGAAGAUACAGUUACAAGAAUCAACCCAAUGUUGGAUUUUUUAAUUUGGAGAAAUUACUUCAAGCCAUGAAGCCAUUACUAGAAGAUUACAGCGCGUAAGCUGGAUAAGCUUUGAUUCUAUUAUUGGUUUAGAAAACCUAUCUUGUGUUUAUUAUAGUGAUCAAUGUGCUUCUUGUCUGUUAAGUGUCCCUUCUACCUUUUUUUUGUAGGAUAAGAUCGACUUAAGGUACCAACCCGCCCUGCCCUGUCCCUCUUCUUCCCUCCCUUUUAGUUAAGGGGUCGCUUAUUUUUACUGUUGUUUUGUCUUUAAGCAUACGCUCCGGCCGUCUUCAAUCGAAUAUUCUAGAGCGAUUGUGAAAGUAAAAACCUACUGUGGGUUAAACGGGAACACGACUCCUCAUUAGUUCAUUAUCCGCCCUCAAAAGUCUGCGAAUUCAUUAGCAGAUACCCGACCCAUAUAUAAAAUUCAGCUUAGUAACUAGUAGAUCAUUUGGUCAUCAUACAUGUAGCUUUUUUCUUUAACUAUCACUUUAUAUAUUUUGCAGUGGAGAGAAAAUCCUCCUAAGUUACGUGGACUUUUAUAAUGAAAGGUAAUCAUAGUUUUAUUUCUUUAUGAAUUAAAAAUUCUCUUGACAUUUGGGAGUUUUAGCAUCGACGACUGCGACGGCUGCGAAAACGUCACUUUUAAAAUGAAUUCGCGGUGUUCAAACUUUGUCGCGUUUAUACCAAUUUGCUGAAAAUGUCUAAUGUUUGCAAAUUUCCCUGGAGUUGAUUUCUUGGCGAGCGCAUUCAAGUUAAGAAAGAGAAAUAAAAUUUCCUCGUCGCUUGUUUACGUCCUCCAUAAAAUGUGAAAUUAGGCAUUUUCACGUCCUAGUCGUGCAGUAACGGCAGAGAAAUGUACAAAAAAGCGUGAUGCACGUGCAAACUUGUUGUUUUUUGCUCAAUAAACCCAUUGCCGUUUUGACGUUCUCGUUGCCGUCGCCGUCGUCGUGGCUAAAACUCCCUAUAGGGAGCUUAACCACGAGACAACACGGCAACGAGAACGGCAAAAAAGCAAUAUGUUUUGAUUGGCAAAACAACAACUUUGCACGUACAUCUCGCUUUUGACAACCACGACAGCCGUUUCCUUUUUCUUUUUGUGAUCUUAGAUACAGUCCUUUAAAAUUCAACUCCUGAAAAUAUCGCCAACAUUUGAAAAAUAAAAAUAUAUGCGAUAAGGGCGAUGAAGCUUGAAGCAGCGCGAAUUCACUUUUUGGGUGACGUUUUCGCUACCGUUGCCGUCGUCGUUGCUUAAGCUCCCUAAAAUUGACCCAGCUGCAUGGUGGCUAUAAAAGGUUGGCCUGAUGUUGAAAGGUUCAUAGCUGUCACGAGUAUAUGGCUGUUUUAGAUCACUUCUGUGCUAAAGUUGUCACUUUGUGCCUUUACCCAAACACAAAAUGCUCCUAUAGAGUUACGGAGAAGGUAACAAAUAAAUUUCAUCAGGGAAUACUAACCAUAAUAAAUUUUCUGGUGAUUUUUUCCAGGCAAACUGCCUUAAAACUUGAAAAAGUUGCCCCAUUCUUGCCAUGCCUUGCAACAGACUACAGUAAACAGUUUGAAAUAACAAAACUAGGCCAUCAUUUUUUUGGAAUUCAAUUGAUGCGAAAAGAAGUUUUACCUUUAUAGAAAGCGAGCAAAUAGCGUCCCUUUAAUAGGAAAUUGUUAUUGACAAACUAACUCGCCUUCAGUUGUUAGGAAUGUUCACUUUUGGUACUUUAGCCUAAUGAUAGGCAAUUUUCUGAAAUAAAAACUUGUUUUUCAGAUUUUUGGACAUAUUUCGUCAAAAAUUGGGUCUGCUUAAUGUUGUGGACAGCGAUGAAAAACUCAUUCAUUCUUUGCUGUGGGUAAGGAUUACCAGUCUGUUAUACUAAAGGAAUUAAUAAGUUCUAAACGCAGCGAUACUUUUAAAACCUAUUCGAGUCAUUAGUACAAAGCUAGUGCGGCAGCUGUUGCCUCUGCCUAAUACGGCGGGAUACAGGGUGAAAAAUAUGGUUGUGUAAAGACAUUGCCUGCGUCUCCCGGCGAGAAAAGCUCCGGCUAUUUCUACACGCCAGCAAUCGGGUUGAUUGUCUUGUGCGGGCAAGCAUAUAUACUGGAGGACAAUGUUAAAUGCCGAUACCUGAUAACUGUCUUUGACUAAGGACGGAUAGUGUAUUGAGUUUACACAAAAAUACUUUAGAUAAUUGAUCAUGGAUUGAGAUUUUCAGGAAUGCUGAGAUGCCAAUUAAAUGUUCCGAUGAACUUCUGUUUCAGUUAAUGUCGACCAGUCGUGCGGACUUCACAAUGACUUUCCGCGAGUUAAGUGAAAUAUCCAUACAAGACUUGAUAGCAAACCGCCUUCCCUUUGAAUCGUGGGCGCUGAAGAAUCUAAGCAAACACAAGAACUGGAGAGGCUGGUUAGCCCGUUAUUCUGAAAGACUGCAAUUGUAAGAAAAAGCGUUUCAUUUACUUCUUAUCAUCUCUGGUGAAUUUUUUGCUAGUAAUGUUAUAUACAAAAUCCUAGGAACUAAAGAAAGAAAGACUGAAAGAAUCCUCCUCGGUCCUGUUUGAAAAGUUUUGAAUACGGGCUUAGCCUCUGUCGAAACGGAAAGUAGCAAUAUUCUGUAAUGUACAGUACAAGCCAUGGGAAUUGCAGCAUUUACACGCGUGUAAAUUGCGUGUAACAUGGCGGAUUUACAAGCAAAAUACGCGCGUGUAAAUUUUUUAAUCGCAUUUGAACAAUUACACGCAGCUUAGAUUACACGCAAGAUGCGUGUACGUCGUAGGAAAUUUUCCUCCCUUACUUUUACACGCAAGUUGCGUGUAUUUUUUUAAUUGCAGAUCUAAAAGAAUCGUAAGAUGCUGAUCGUUCACAAUCGCUUCACAUUUAAUUGUGCACUUAACAAACGAAAGCCUAUCACUAGAACUUUACAUAUCCGGUAUAUUUUAAUUUUUCUUAUCGCCCCGGUGACCAGGAUCCCAUACCCUGUAGCAAGCAACUGCCUUCCUCGGCUUCUAUCGCAGAGUUUUUUUGCUACAAUUAAGAACGCUUUUCCUUUCGAAAAUAGAAGCUCCGCUUCGUUUGUGAGCGCAUUUGAAGUAUUAAAUAUAAAAAGGGAAUACUAAUCACAAUUAAAGAAUUAAAAUACCAGUUUUAGGUCUGUAGGUUUUGCUGACUGGUUUGUGGUGAUGAACUAAAUCGGCGCCAAAAUCGUUUUUAAACUAAACUUGCCGGUGAAAACGUCGCAGCACGAGUACAUGAAAGUUGCUCACUCCAGGUUAUGGGUAGAGUGCGAGCAUCCUCUCUUUUUCUUCAGAUUUAGUAAGGAGAGUGCACGCGCGCGCAAGCGUUGAGCGGCGUAAGCCCCGCGCGUGGUCAUUUGCGUGUCUCGGGCGUUUUGCUCGACGGACCAAAAAAAAGAGAGACUGCUCGUAGUCUAGGUUAUGGGCUUCUGCUUCGGUAUAUAAAUGAUAUUUUGCAAAAUGAAGGUUUGGAUUUUCUUCGAUUUUUCUGUUUGAACUUUUUUUACUGGUUGAGGUAAAGGUUUUUCAAAAUAGUGGAUACAUAUCGCUGAAUAGCAUUUCGUUAACAGUUACCAAAUUGAAGCAGUUUCCUCGUGGACAAUCUCAAUCUUACAGAUACGUUAACCACGCGCGCGUGAAAGUGAGGUGAUGGAGGCUUCCUUUAAUUGCACUCAUUUUGCUUUAUCACAAAUCGUCGUCGCGCGGGAUUUUGAUGCAGAAAGAAAUACUAACUAACAGGCCAAAAUGCGCAAAGCUCAUUAUUAUUGAAAUUCUCUCUUUCUUUUAAUUAGAAAUGGUGAUCUGGAUUCUGAAAACAAGAGGAGACAACGGAUGUUAAGUACGCUGCAGUCAUUAUUUUUAUCCUUUCAAUAAGCUUCUUUAGACGGAUUAAAAGUCAGCUUUUAUAGCGAGGCUUAUAGGACCCAAGCAUUGAAAAUCCAUUUUUUUUUAUCCUUUUGACCUCACCAUGAAGUUGAAUAUCGAAAGAACUGUCUCUAUCUCAUAUCGUUUUAGCAAACUUCGAAUACUGAAAACUUAACUUCAAAAAGCUAAGGCUGCACUGGAAGGCAGUGAAGUUAGUUAAUGCAAUUGAUCUCAUGGCUUGCUGUUGAAAAUGUCUUUAACGUGGCCCAUUCUCAUUUCAGAAAUAAAUCCUCGUUAUGUACUGCGUAACUGGAUGGCUCAAUCAGCAAUACAAAAAGCAGAGGAGAAUGAUUUUUCAGAGGUCAGAAAUUUUUGAGUUUUUUUUGUGUGUAUGUUUGUUACAAUUUGUCUUUCAAUGAACAAGUUGAACCCUUGUCGAGGCCCAGAGGAUAAAAGCAAGUAACUGAAAGGCUCAAAACAUUACUUUCUUACUAACUUUACUUUGGCUAACCGCUUAUACCAGAUGUGUCGCGGGGAGAUGAAGUUUUCUUCCCCCAGUCGGGCUGUCUUUGACGCCCCUAAUCCUGGUCUUGCUUGCGCGUCCUUUUGUUUGAGUUAUAACUUUACAGCCUAGUGUUGUAUGCUUGCUUUACAAGUUGGCUGGUGUUAAUUCUUGUUAUUUGCCCGAUCCAUUUAAAGUUCCCUGUUUUUCUAUGUGGUGUUGUACCGAUUCCGAUCCUACCAUUUCUCUGAUCUAAUAAUUUCUGAUCUUGUCCCGCCGAGUCUUGUUGGCGGCCCUGCGCACUGCGCAGCUUCGCAAGUGUCGAUUUUGCGCUUUAGUCUUUUUGUGACUAUAUGUUGUUUUUCUGUAUUUUCAAGCCAUGAUUGUAACUUAAUUUAAUACACUUUUUUUCUGGAAGGUUCGGCUGCUUCUUGAAGUUUUAACGAGACCUUUUAAUAAACAAGUAAGUUGUAGAAUAAAUUACUUCAGACGACUUUUCUUUGUGGGCUGCAGUGAAACGUUAAUCCACCACCCUCAAGAAAUUCUUAAUCGUUCAUCAACUUUAAGGAGAGUGAGACCUAGACCAAACGUCGAAAUUUUCAUGAGACGAACCGGCAAACUUAGUGAGUUAAGUUAAUGAAAAGUUCGACGUCUGGCUCAGUUGAGUUCGUCUGAAUGAGUUUGGAUCGUCCAUCACGUCCUAUCCGUCUACUUCAGACAUAUAGAACGCCUGAAGAUCGUCUCCUGGACAAACGUCGAUCUUUACAGGCGAUGAACUAAACUGAUGAAUUAAAAUUUUGUAUGGUACUGUAUAUUUAGCCUCGUUCAAGAGAAAAUUUAUUACUGAACGCCCACAGGCCGGCUGAAACUGCUUUUUGAUCUGAUUCAAUUGAUUGGUUCGACGCGUCCUAAGUUCGACGUCUGACCCAUCAGACGAUCUUCACUUAAUCUACGUUUGGCCUAGGCCUGAUAUUCUUUACAAUUCAGGUUCGCAUGAGGCACAGUCAUUUGAGAAUUGUCUUUCAUUCCAGGUGGUCGCUGAAGAUCGUGGGUACUCGUCCCAGCCCCCGCUCUGGGCAUCUCAGCUUCGAGUCAGCUGCUCGUCGUAAUGGCUGUAGUCACGUAGGUAGGCA